AUGACUACCCUGUCGAAUUUGUUUUCCUCGUUAAUUCAUGUCAAUGUUGUUCGAUAUUUAACUAUUUCAGGCGUAUCUGUCCUUGCAUACGACACAUUGAUCACGUUUGAAGACGAAGUUCAAUACGUGUGGGCUCCUCUUAUCCAGUACACUUCAGAAUUGUUGUUCAGACAUGAGAGAUAUACGCAAUGUCGAAUGGCCUCUAUUUUGCAAAAGCUUCUUAUAAUAUUCGUCCGAUAUACUAUGCUGGUCAUAGCUUCUAUCUUUUUGUUUGUGCUCUUGAGCACUGAAAGCCAGACAAAUUUAUGUUGUAAAGCUAUAAUGCCAUUAGGCAGUGUCAGCACAGCUUGGUUAGCUCAAGCUCGUGGAACAUUAUUUAAGUCAACUGAGUCAAUUUUCAGGUGUCAGAGCGUCUAUUCAGCGAUAAUGAGUUUUGAUGUUUUCAUUGAACUGAUGGGCUCAGCUGUUGUCCUUUAUCGUCUUUUCUUGCUUUGGGAUCUUGAUCGACGCACUAUCCAAAUUAUAACUGGAGGACUCAUAAUCAUACACCUUGUUUCUCUCUUUUCUGCGUUUGCAGCUAUUGCACGAGCAAGAGGCAGAGACCCAGAGGAUUACUCUAAUUGCAUUAAUAAUAGUGAGAGUCAGCGACUAUUUGGAAUCUUAUACAAUGACGGGCUGUUUUUCUUCCUGCUGAUAGCAAACCUUCAGGCGGAUCUUUUCUUCAUUGCGAUAAUAUUUUCUGGUACCAUGGUGACGACUGUUACUUGCCAAUCCCUUUUGAGCCUUGUACGUCGAAACGAUAAUAAGGAUGAUCCUUACAAUGAUUAUGAAGACGAUGGGCUGAAGGCAGAUAAUCAAUGGAAACAAGAUACUAAGAUGAUGGUUCUAAACGUUCUCCUACAAUACCAGUAUCCUCUUGUAACAAUAUGCGAAAUAAGGAUGCUCUCAACUUCUAUCACACGAAAAGAGGGGGGGGAGAGCAAACAGAGGGGGCUAUCAAUGACAGAGAGACUCGUCAAUUGGAAAGGAAAAGAAAAUGACAAUCAAUGGUGUACAUCUUUUGCAAUGAUCACAAGGAUCAUGUUGAGAAUUCGCGUGCCUAGCAAUACAAUCGGAUAG